AUGGCCAAGGCCACGACUUAUAGCUCCUCUAGCAGAGAGCAACCGCGGAACGAUACUACAACUACAGCUUCAUCAACCGAAGAGCAACAUGGCUUGCUCGCUAACACUGCGUCUGAUGAAGACGACGACGACGACGAGGAUGGAAUCAUAGUGCACCCUGGCGAUGCCGAGGACGGUGAUCCUCACGAUGAUUCCAUCCGCACACCGCGGACCCCUAGAACCCCUAACCGAGUCCGCUUCGACCUACGACCAACCAACAUCCCACCGCCCGCGAACGGCCACAAUCACGAGCACUCAUCCGAGCCCUCCGACUACUUCGACUUCACCGAACCCGACAGUCCCGACGAGGACCACGACUCCACGCCCCGCCACCCGCUACUAACCGACAUCGAGGCGCCGUCCGUAGCGCUCGCCAACAGCCUCGACAACGACGACGUGCACGAGUGGGCAGAGCGGGAGCGCAGCAGGCCUAAAUCGGGAAUGCGCUCCGCGUUCAUGAACAUGGCGAACAGCAUCAUCGGAGCCGGGAUUAUCGGGCAACCCUACGCCUUCAAAGACGCCGGUCUUCUCGCCGGCAUCGUGCUCCUCGUCGCGCUCACCGUCAUCGUCGAUUGGACCAUCCGCCUCAUCGUCAUAAACAGCAAGCUCAGCGGCGCCAGCAGUUUUCAGGGCACUGUCGAGCACUGCUUCGGCAAGACCGGGCUCAUCGCUAUCAGCGUCGCGCAGUGGGCUUUUGCCUUUGGCGGCAUGGUUGCGUUUGGGAUUAUUGUUGGGGACUCUAUACCCCAGGUCCUGCGCACGGUUUGGCCCGGCCUGAGCGAUAUGAGUGUGCUUUGGAUCCUGGCGGAUCGGAGAGCGGUUAUUGUGAUUUUUAUCCUGGGGAUCAGUUAUCCGUUGGCGUUGUAUAGGGAUAUCGCGAAACUCGCGAAGGCAAGCACGCUUGCUUUGAUAAGCAUGGUGAUUAUAUUGGUUACGGUCGUCGUCCAGAGCGUCCUUACGCCGGCCGAACGUCGCGGGUCCUUUUCGACGCCGCUGCUUACAAUUAACGGGGGCAUAUUUCAGGCUGUCGGCGUUAUUUCUUUUGCAUUCGUUUGCCAACAUAAUUCUCUCUUAAUUUACGGCUCCUUAAAAACACCGACUAUAGACCGCUUUUCGAAAGUGACACACUACUCUACGGGGAUCUCGAUGCUGGCAUGUUUGGUCAUGGCGCUUGCGGGUUUCCUUACCUUCGGCGAUAAGACGCUCGGGAACGUGCUGAAUAACUUCCCGGCCGACAACACGAUGGUUACAUUUGCCCGCCUCUGUUUCGGACUAAACAUGCUUACGACCUUGCCGCUGGAGGCGUUCGUCUGUCGGGAAGUCAUGCUCAACUAUUGGUUCCCGAACGAGCCGUUCAAUAUGAACCUCCACCUCAUUUUUAGCUCCGCACUGGUCGUCUCAGCCAUGAUACUGAGCCUGGUGACGUGCGAUCUAGGGAUCGUGUUUGAGCUCGUGGGGGCGACAAGCGCCUGUGCGCUCGCUUACAUACUACCGCCGCUGUGCUAUAUCAAGCUGAGCUCGAGAUCGUGGAAGACAUACGUCGCGAUGGGGGUUGUGGCGUUUGGGUGUGCCGUCAUGGCUAUCAGCAUGUUCCAGGCUAUCGGCAAAGUGAUUAAAGGCGGGGGCGAACCAUCCCAGUGUGUAUAGACUUAUAGACCUUAGGUACUGCGCGCGCGUUAUUGCGUAUUUGUAUAUUACUCCGCAUUGUAUUUUGUUUUAUUCAUGUAAUGCGAUGCGAUGUGAUGCGAUGUUUCUAGGAAUA